AGGGAAACAACGGUGCUACGUCAUCACUGCGCGCGCUGUUUGCUGUUGUGGGAAGUCUCCUCGAGAUCACAGAGGCGAUUUUAUACGAAAUAAAAGAUGCCUCUUCCUGCAGCGCUGCUCGCCCGCCUGGCAAAGAGAGGGAUUGUCAAACCUUCAGACCAAGAGGGAGAUGAGGAGAUUAUUGCUGAAGAUUACGACGACAACAACGUAGAUUAUGAAUCCACCAGAGUGGAGAAUCUGCCGACAAACUGGUACAAAGUGUUCGACCCUGCCUGUGGUCUUCCUUAUUACUGGAACGCAGAGACCGAUCUGGUGGCCUGGCUGUCUCCAAAUGACCCAAAUACAUUGGUGACAAAAGCCGCCAAGAAAAUAAGAGCCGAAGUGGUGGAGGAGAGAGUGGAGAGGCCGUUCGAGAAGAUAGAGAGAGAACGGGAGAGAGAGAAAGAGAAAGAGCGGGAGAGGGAACGAGAGAGAGACCGAGACAGGGAGGAGGUGAGGGAGAGAGACCGGAGGAAGCCCAGGAGGGAGGAAAUAGCUCCGUACAGCAAGAACAAAAGAGGGAGAAAAGAAGAUGAGAUGGACCCCAUGGAUCCCAGUGCUUACUCUGAUGCCCCGAGGGGCAAUUGGUCGACUGGCCUGCCGAAGCGUAAUGAGGCGAAGACGGGGGCCGACACCACGGCGGCGGGGCCUCUGUUCCAGCAGCGGCCGUACCCGAGUCCAGGGGCCGUGCUACGAGCUAACGCAGCUAACCAAAUCCCCAAAGAGUAACAACGCACAGAUCUACGGUGUACAGUUUGUCUUCCUUUGGCCGUUACAGACGUUUAGUUUUCAUUCUUAAACCUGUGUCUGGAGUUAAAGUGCAUUGACGCUCGUGUUAGAACAUUUGUAAAUAUGUGUUUUAUAUGACCUGUGUGACAGUGCCCCUUCAUUUGCUAAUAAACAUUACUGUGACUUAUUUUGGUUUGGUGAUACAUCUUGUAAUAACAUCUGUACAAAUAAAGUUCUUGACACUGUUUUAUUACAAAAUU